CAAUUUAAAAAAAAAAACACAAAUCCAAAACCCUAGGGUUUUCAAAUCCUCUUUUCUUCCUCUCCGUCUCCAAAACCCCGAGAAGCCCUGAGCGCGGAGGACGGCAGAGGCCACCACCCGCCGCCACAAUGUCGAUGUCAAAGAGCUCCAAGAUGCUGCAAUUCAUAAACUAUCGGAUGCGAGUGACGAUCCAAGACGGCAGGCAGCUCGUCGGCAAGUUCAUGGCCUUCGAUCGCCACAUGAACCUCGUCCUCGGCGACUGCGAGGAGUUCCGGAAGUUGCCACCACUGAAAGGCAAGAAGACCAACGAGGAGCGCGACGACCGCCGGACACUAGGCCUCGUCCUCCUCCGGGGCGAAGAGGUCGUGUCAAUGACCGUCGAGGGCCCGCCUCCUCAGGAAGAGUCUCGAGCUAAGGCAGCCAGUGCCGCCGCUUUGGCUGGUCCAGGAUUGGGCCGCGCCGCUGGACGAGGUAUCCCCACUGCUCCUCUCGCCCAGGCCCAGCCCGGUCUCUCUGGCCCGGUUCGCGGCGUCGGUGGACCAGCCCCAGGUAUGAUGCAGCCCCAGAUCUCGCGUCCGCCAGUUCCGAACCUCUCCGCGCCGCCUAUGUCGUACCCGGCCGCUCCAGUGAUUCGUCCACCCGGGCAGAUGCCUGGAUAUCCCGGGCAACCUCCGAUGGGUCGUGGUCCACCUCCUGGUGUUCCGCCCCCUCAGUUUGCUAGGCCUCCUGGUGGGGGUCCACCUCAGCAAUUCCCUGGCCCGCCACAGAUGCAGUUUGGGCAGAGGCCUAUGGGACCUCCGCCGCCUGGGCAGAUGAUGAGGGGUCCACCGCCUCCACCUCGCCCGGGAAUGCAAGCUCCCCCACCCCGUCCCGGAAUGCCUCCUCCACCUGGCGGUGGAAUGCAUAUGUUUGGACCGCCUCGUCCUGGAAUGCCACCUCCACCCAACCCUCAGAACCAGCAGCAAAAUCAGCAGCAACAGUGAUUGGUUUAUUAGAUGUGACUUUGAGGAAUGCUGCUGGCUUGCAUAUUGUUUCAGUUUUUGUAAUGGGUUUGAGCCUGUGCGGACCUUCCUCAUCCUGUAGCUUUGGAGUGCUAUGAUAAGUAGCUAAACUACUGACCCUAAAUGAUAUUUGUAGGUUUGCCAAUUAAUAUUGAAAUGCCUCUCUUUUUCCUCUC